CGUUCAUUGUCGUAACGGGAGAGUUUGGCGGGCAGCGCAACGGCGAUUGGCCGGUCUUCCUUCUCGUAGUUAAUGGUCGCCGUAGCUGAUCGUUGGAGUAUUCGGUUCAAGUUUUCACGAGAAGUACUACCUAGAACUUCCAUUGUACAGCGACUGUAUUGACGAAGCUGGAGAAGGCAAAGGAUUCUUUCUUCAACAACGUUGAAUUAUAAAGAUCCAUAAACAAUGAGUUCGAACGCUUGUUAUAAAUGCAAUCGAAUGGGACACUUCGCCCGAGAAUGCACACAAGGUGGUGGAGGCGGCAGAGGAGAUCGUGGCCGUGAUAGAGAGGGAGGAUUUGGACGUGGUCGUGACAAAUGUUUUAAAUGUAACCAGUUUGGACAUUUCGCAAGAGAAUGUAAGGAGGAUCAGGACCUCUGUUACCGUUGCAAUGGAGUUGGUCACAUUGCUAAGGAUUGCCAACAAGGUCCUGAAAUGAGUUGCUACAAUUGCAAUAAGACUGGACACAUCGCUCGCAGCUGCCCAGAGGGUGUAAACGAUACUGCUCGUUUUGCUAUGCAAAGUUGCUACAAUUGUAAUAAGACGGGACACAUUGCUCGUAACUGCACCGAGGCAGGAGGUAAAAUUUGCUACAUUUGUGGCAAGACGGGGCACAUAAGCCGUGAAUGCGAAGAGGAGAGGAAGUAGGAGAUAACCCAAAUCCGUGCCGCUUUCUUAAAAAUAAUGAUAAGCCGUUUACCAUCGUGCGCGCCACUACCGGGGAUUGUAGCUAGGUAGGGAUGUGCGGACGUUUCUCUCAACGACGACACACGUGUUAUCGCAAAAGCGUGUUUUCGUGUUCGUCAUUGCCGUUCGAAUUUUCAUCUCUCCAUGCCCAACCCCCGGAGCUCUCCUCCCUCUCCCAAAUCUCCUUCCCCGUGCCCACCGUUGUUCUCUUUCACAUGGAUUUUCUUAUAAUGUCUUUAAGUUUUUAUUGCUGUUACACUACACCACACCACACAUCCGCGCGCGCACAAAGUACAUUCACACAUGAGAACACAUCUGACAUGUACACGAAUACACAUACACACACUAUACGAUGUAAUAUUAUAAACAUUCAAUUGAAUUAGAGUAGCGACAUAAAUCCUCUGUCCCUUGACCUUUAAACUAUCUUAUACGUGAAUUAUUUCGUAAUGCAAGAUGUAUGGAUUUCGGAAACAUUAAUGAAGUUCGCAAGGGCCAUCUUAAAAGCUGAGUGACAUUGGAUCAGUCCAAUAGAGACUGUCUGUCUUUCUUCCUUGAUAUAUUGAUAUGGAAAUUUUAUGAAAUGACUGAAGGACUUUGUAAUGUAAGAAAGGGAUUUUAUGACUGUGAGAAUGAUUGACAAAUUAAAGUCGUAUUCCUUUCUCAUAUCCACGCAUCUUGUAUUCGGUCCUCCCUCUCACUAUCUAGCUGAAUCACGUUAAAUUUCAAAAGUAAUGGGAAAGGAAAGGAAAGGAAAUAUGUAAACAUGCUGGCCCCGAAUGCAUAAAAAUAAGGUUUAGUAACGCCAAUUUUUAACGUGUAAGGAUGUAACGAGGUUCGCAGAACGAUUAUUUUUUAAUAAUAUCUGCUUUAAUAAAACUACAACAUGGUUGUAGAACAUGCAAUAUUUACAAAUUCAUAAAUAUACAAUAGUGCUGGACCAUCAUGUUUUGAAAUUUGUUAAGAGAAGCAGAACAAAGACUAUUUGUGUAAGAUUGUAAUUAAAAAAAAUCAGUAUGGCCAUCGAAGAUUACUACGCUUUUUAUGUAUAUAUAUAUAUGCAAUUAUGUCUAUAUAUAUGUAUACAUAUAUUUAUAUAUUAUAUAUAUAUAUAUAUGCAAUUGCAAAAUUCAUUCAAAGUUCAGGCAUUUUAUAUACAUUAUUAAGAAAAUAUUAAUAAAAAAAAAAAUCACCGUGUUCGUAUUUCCAAAUGAUCAUAUUAUGGUCUCAUAUAGAAAAAUAAUUACUGUAUUAACCUUAUAAUAUCCUUACAUGUGGUGAAGUACUUCGUUACUAGAUACAUGUGUGUGUAUAUAUAUAUGUGUGUGUCUAAAAAUGUAUAUACAUAUAUAGAUACAUAUACGCAGGAGCUGUAUUUUGUACUGUAAAAAGCUAGUUAUACUCUGGUCGUUGCUGGUGACUAAUUCCGGUGGAUCUUGUUUUUUACAUCGCAUACUAAAAAAAAAAAAAAAAUAAUAAAAAUAAAAAAAAAGAUAUUUUCAUGUAAAGUACUAUAUGAAUCUUUUCUUUGUAAGUCGCAAAAUGAAAAUUCGUGAAUACGCUUUACUUAAUAACUUGAGCAUUUAAUAGAAAAAUAAAUAAAAAAAAACCGCAUAAUAUCAACUUGAUACAUACUCAGAAGUUAUAAAAUUUCACACGAAAUAAAAAAAGAAAAGAAACUCUACGAACUCUCUAAGAACGAAUGAAGCUCUAGCUGAAAGUUGUUACUUUUAUGCGAGUACAAAACUAUAAAAGAUUUCCUUGAGAAUAAGGCAUAAAUGUAAGACUAAUAGGUAAUGAUUUGUUUGGUGGUUAUACAAUGUUUAUAAAUAAUAAGAAAUGCUAUUGGGAUAUGAAUCAAUCGAACUACCUAGUUCUUUAAUUCUCCAUUUUAUCGAACACGGAGAUAUUGAAAUUUCAAUUGACGAAAAGAUCGCACAUGGAUCUGUAUUAACUCUAGGUAGAUUCAACAUGAACAUCCCACGCAAAAUGCCAUUUAUUAUCGAUGUUCUCUGCGAUACGAUAUAAGUCGUUGUGUCAUUAAACGUUGUUUCGUUGAGUGACGAUACGAAUUGCUGGGGUCAUAAUGCGUGAUUUGUACAUGGAGAAUCUGAUUUAACCAGCAGCGACAAUGUGUAUUAAUGUUCAGAAGCCAGGCGUGCCUGACUCAGUGGAACAGAAGCGCACCUUGUGCGUUGUAUUACAUACGUAGUACAGGUGUCCUGCAAACCAUUUUAUACACUUAACUGCUCGGGACUUAAACCGAUCUCAUGCAUGGGUUUCAGAAAUAGUGAGUACUCAGUGCACCAGUGCGUCUGACGAGAUUUGGAGGAUCAGAAAACAAAAAUUAUAUUCUGCUAUUUGACUUGAGUAACCUUUGGUGCUCUCACUGAAUGUGCAUUCAGAAAAUUCUAAUUGAAAUUAAUCAUCAUUUUGGUCGCUACCCAAAUAUUUUGCAUUCUCUCUCUAUUAUGGAUGUUUUUCAUUUCUUUUUUUCUUUUGUAUAUUGUAUAUGAAAUACUAAGAUUGGGUUGUUAAGGAUUAAAUUUUUAAAAGAACUACGUUCUGGAACACGCUAUUCAUAAGUCAUGAUCAUUGGUGGCAUCAAAGGUUCAGAAGAGCAUUAAAAAAAAAAAAAAAAAAAAAAAAA